CUGCCUCCCGCCGGCUGCCACAAAAACCCGGAGCAGCUGCGUGCGCUCAUGGACAGUCCUCCGAGGGGAGAAGCCGGGCAGCUGGGCAUGCUCAGUAGCUGGGGGAGGUUUGGGUGGAGAGUAGAAAGCCGUGGCUCUGCCUCCCACCCCCUCCCUCUGGCCCCCGCCCCCCUUGCCCCUACCCAGCCCGUAGUAGUUCCCCAGCGUGCUCCCGGGGAGACCGGGAACAUGGCGCUGGGAGCGAUAUAGCAGCUGAGGAGAGGCUGAGGCACCGCCGCUUCGCUGACAGCCGGCCGCCAGAAAUACACUGUGGUGAAAUAUUUCCACGUCUUGCCAAAAUGAACGCUGAGAAAAAAUGAAGAAGGCUGACAAACGCCAAUGAAAAGUUGCAGAAUAGAAAUAGCCUCACUUUUCUGGAGUCUUUAAUUCAUCUACAGCCAUCAUAUAAAGGUUUUGGCAUCAUGUUUGGGAAGAAAAAGAAAAAGAUUGAAAUAUCUGGCCCAUCCAACUUUGAACACAGGGUUCAUACUGGGUUUGACCCACAAGAGCAGAAGUUUACCGGCCUUCCGCAGCAGUGGCACAGCCUGUUAGCAGAUACGGCCAACAGGCCAAAGCCUAUGGUGGACCCUUCAUGUAUCACACCCAUACAGCUGGCUCCUAUGAAGACAAUCGUUAGAGGAAACAAACCCUGCAAGGAAACCUCCAUCAAUGGCCUGCUAGAGGAUUUCGAUAAUAUCUCGGUGACUCGCUCCAACUCCCUAAGGAAAGAAAGCCCACCCACCCCAGAUCAGGGAGCCUCCAGCCAUGGUCCAGGCCACGUGGAAGAAAAUGGCUUCAUCACCUUCUCCCAGUAUUCCAGCGAAUCCGAUACUACCGCUGACUACACAACUGAAAAGUACAGAGAGAAGAGUCUCUAUGGAGACGAUCUGGAUCCAUAUUAUAGAGGCAGCCAUGCAGCCAAGCAAAAUGGGCAUGUAAUGAAAAUGAAGCAUGGGGAGGCCUACUAUUCUGAGAUGAAGCCUUUUAAAUCCGAUUUUGCCAGAUUUUCUGCAGAUUAUCACUCACAUUUGGACUCACUGAGCAAACCAAGUGAGUAUAGUGACCUCAAGUGGGAGUAUCAGAGAGCCUCGAGUAGCUCCCACCUGGAUUAUUCGUUCCAAUUCACACCUUCUAGAACUGCAGGGACCAGCGGGUGCUCCAAGGAGAGCCUGGCCUACAGUGAAAGUGAGUGGGGACCCAGCCUGGAUGACUAUGACAGGAGGCCAAAGUCAUCGUACCUGAAUCAGAAGAGCCCUCAGCCCGCCAUGCGGCAGAGGUCCAGGUCAGGCUCGGGGCUCCAGGAACCGAUGAUGCCAUUUGGAGCAAGUGCAUUUAAAACCCAUCCCCAAGGACACUCCUACAGCUCCUACACCUACCCUCGCUUGUCCGAGCCCACAAUGUGCAUUCCAAAGGUGGAUUACGAUCGAGCACAGAUGGUCCUCAGCCCUCCACUGUCAGGGUCUGACACCUACCCCAGGGGCCCUGCCAAACUACCUCAAAGUCAAAGCAAAGCAGGCUAUUCCUCAAGCAGCCACCAGUACCCAGCUGUGUACCACAAAGCCACCUUGUACCACCACCCUUCCCUGCAGAGCAGUUCGCAGUACAUCUCCACGGCUUCCUACCUGAGCUCCCUCAGCCUCUCAUCCAGCACCUACCCGCCGCCCAGCUGGGGCUCCUCCUCUGACCAGCAGCCCUCCAGGGUGUCCCAUGAACAGUUUCGGGCAGCCCUGCAGCUGGUGGUCAGCCCAGGAGACCCCAGGGAAUACUUGGACAACUUUAUCAAAAUCGGGGAAGGCUCAACCGGCAUCGUGUGCAUCGCCACCGAGAAACACACAGGGAAACAAGUUGCAGUGAAGAAAAUGGACCUCCGGAAGCAACAGAGACGGGAACUGCUUUUUAAUGAGGUCGUGAUCAUGCGGGAUUACCACCAUGACAAUGUGGUUGACAUGUACAACAGCUACCUUGUUGGCGAUGAGCUCUGGGUGGUCAUGGAGUUUCUAGAAGGUGGUGCCUUGACAGACAUCGUGACUCACACCAGAAUGAAUGAAGAACAGAUAGCUACUGUCUGUCUGUCAGUUCUGAGAGCUCUGUCCUACCUUCAUAACCAAGGAGUGAUUCACAGGGACAUAAAAAGUGACUCCAUCCUCCUGACAAGUGAUGGCCGGAUAAAGUUAUCUGAUUUUGGUUUCUGUGCUCAAGUUUCCAAAGAGGUGCCGAAGAGGAAAUCGUUGGUUGGCACUCCCUACUGGAUGGCCCCUGAGGUGAUUUCUAGGCUACCUUAUGGGACAGAGGUGGACAUCUGGUCCCUCGGGAUCAUGGUGAUUGAAAUGAUCGAUGGCGAGCCCCCUUACUUCAAUGAGCCCCCCCUCCAGGCGAUGCGGAGGAUCAGGGACAGUUUACCUCCAAGAGUGAAGGACCUACACAAGGUUUCUUCAGUGCUCCGGGGAUUUCUAGACCUGAUGUUGGUGAGGGAGCCCUCUCAGAGAGCAACAGCCCAGGAACUCCUUGGACAUCCGUUCUUAAAACUAGCAGGUCCACCAUCUUGCAUCGUCCCCCUCAUGAGACAAUACAGACAUCACUGAGCAGAAGAUUCAUGUAGGUGACAAAGCUAGAUGAGGACAUGAGAAUAAUUCAGGAGAACAAAAGGAAACGCAGAACAUGCAAAAGGCCUGUGCAUUCUAGACCAGCCAAUUGGUGGGACAGUGUGAUGACCGGCAGGGUUUGACAGACCAGGGCAUCUUCUUGUGUCUUAAAUAGGCAUCUCUCCACUGAGAACUGGCGUGGUCUUUUGGAGCACGGCGUUAAUAAGUCUUUAUUAUAUUUUUCAGCCUUUCGUCCAGCAAAUCAGAAGGACUCCGUACAAACUCCGUUAUGAUAUAUCCUAGCCACAUGCAGGGUAACACGUAGGAUUUUCUAUAUUGAAAGAAUACUUUUCUGGCAAAAAA